AUGGCUUUCUUUCAGCUGAUCUUCUGGCUGCCGAUGCUGGCGCUGGUGAGCCUCUCUGCGGCGCUGUGCGGCAGCCUGCUGCUGCAGGCGGACCCGUGGCUGCCCUGCGCACCGCUUGUGGCGAAGGCGGCGCAGAGUCUGCAGAGCAAACAGCUGGAGGACGGCCUGCUGUUUCUGGACCCCUUCGCGGCUUGCUGCUGCGUGGGCACGGUCUUGAGCUGUCUGGAUCUGCUCAUCUCCAUGCCCUCCCACUCCACCGGCAUGGCCGGAAGUCUGAGGCCCUUGGCCGUACUGCUGGGCGGCACCAUCCACUCCGUGACCUUCGCGGGGGCUUGGCACCUGCGCGGUUUGAUGUGGCGCCCCCACGGGGGCGUGACCUACGCCGACAUCUACCAAGCUGCCGCUGGCAGGGAAACCCCGGAGCCGCCUUUGGCGCAGGACGUGGAGGCUCCGAAGGCCGGCGGCCUGCAACUGGCGAGUUCCGCGAGCGGUCACGAAGCCGGCGGCGGCACCGGCGGAACGGGCUCGGCACGGGCAGAGGCCCCAAAGGCCCCGGCGCCGGCGCCGUCGGCCCCGGCGGCCCCGGCGGCCCCGGCGCCAGCGGCCCCGGCGCCGGUGCCUGUGCCAGUGCCCGCAGCGCCUGAAGGCGAGCCUGCGGAGGAUGACAAGGUCGCCGCCUCAAGCAGCAGCGCAGGCGCCGAUGCCGCGGAGGCCGACGCAGCCCCAGAGGCGGACGUCGCGGAGGGUGAAGCCCAGGCGGCCAAUGGCGAGCCAGGUCCAAAUUCUCCAGUGGAGCUGCUUCUGCGGCUGCCGAGCGGACGGCGAGUGCACUGCCACCUCAACACGUUGGACGCGGUGAGGCGGAUCUACGACUUUGUGGAGUCCGAGGCCCUCCGGGAGCCCGAGAUCCGCGCCGGGACGCCCUACGUGGUGAUGACGCUGCACCCCAAGCAGUGCUACCGAGACAAGAGCCUGACCUUAGCCGAGGUGGGACUCGUGAGCUCCACGGUUCUGAACGUGGAGCUGCAGAAGUGA